UAGGAAAUAAGAACAGCAAUUUGUCUUUAGUAAAAAUUCUUUUCUAAUAGCGGUGACACCUCACCACUACUAAUGCAAAGCCAGCGAGUACAUUUUCAUAGUCAAACCAACUGUCACUUGAAGACAGCAAAAACUUGUAAGAAAUCAACUAAACACAAAUGCGCUCAAAUUGGAAGAGAAGUUUGGCCUUAGUAUCAAACAAACAAACUGAAAACCAAAUGGUACAACUCUUAUAGGAAUGCUUAAAUGGUGUGAAUUUCACUCAAAUAAUUGUACGAAUGCGAAUUCUUGGGUGGGUGGAACAUUUCUAUCGAAAUUAAAGCUAGAAGCAAGAAGUAUUGUUGAAAAACUCCGAAGUAAUCAAUCAAAUCGGUAUGCAUUUGAAAUCGAGAAAGCCAAAUGAAUUUUCUUCAUUAUGCAUAUGUAUGUAUGAAUGUAUGUAUGUAUCAAUAAAUGCACGUUUGUAUAUAUGUUUCCAAAAAUGUAUCUGAACAGCCAGAAGCAGGGGACGCCAGGUAUUUGGCCUCAGUUUGUACGAGUGGAUCGCAGUAGGUGGUUCGUACUUGGAGAAUAACUAAAAAAAGGAAUAAUAAAAGUUAAAUAGUGUAAUGGAGCAAAAAACGCAAAUUGUUUAUUAAACUCAGUUACUUUUACAAUACAUAAAGUAAAUAGUUUUAUAUAAAAUAAAUAAAAAUAAAAAAUAAAUUAAAGGAGUAAAACCAAAAACUACGCCAGUGUUUCGUGUGUAAAUUCAUAAACGUUGAAAAUUAGCUUUAAGAAAAGCAAAGAGUGCCGUUGAAGUGAAAAUGGAAUGGAAUGUCCUGUUAUGCACUCAUCUAUAAAAUUUAGAUUCGCAGCAGAUUUGUGUUAUCGCAGCCUUUAUCGCUACAGCCUGUUAAUUGCAUUUAAAUUUCGGCUCCAUAAUCUCACCCACACAUACAUGCAUAGUGCAUGUACGUAUAUGGAAUUGGACGGUAGUGUGAGAUGCCAAGCGGAACUAGAAAGCGCCCGGAUACGCUGGAAUUAGAAGUGCUAGGCGCGCGCCAAGUAGAGUCUUCCGAAGAUGAGGAGUGUGGGAUUACCACGCGUGUGCUGCCAAAAUCGCAUCAGAAGCACUACCAGCUGCAACCGGAACAGAGGAAGCAGGCGCCAAAGCCACAAUCCUCCAAAGCAGCCAAAUCACAAUGCAUAUCCGAUGGCAACGAGAAAUCGUCCCCUCCGCUACAAGAGCAGCACCAUAUACAACCGAUAUCAACUCAUAAGACGCGCCAUGGUUGGUUUCAUCUACGUCGCAAACCUUUAGCUGCGCCUGCCGAAAAUGUUGUGCUCUCUCAGCUACCUGUACGAGAAAUCAGUGCCAAAGGCAUUGGUACUGUGAAUACUGCCACCGCAACGCUGGGCAAGCCCGAGACAUCAGCCCAUGCCAAUGCGACCACCACCAGCACUACAACGUUGCCUACAAGUCUGACGAUACCAAAUGUUGCAGCUGUACUCCCGCGCAGUGACUCCAAGAAACGGCGGAGCCGCACACAAACCGACAGUCUUUAUAGUCUAGCGACGCUUGCACAAACAGGCGAAAUCCAAGCACAACCACACUCCGAACCGCAAGUGCCCAGAGCAAUUGGCAAAAGUGAGAGCGAUCAUCUACCAUGGUCAUGUUGCACAGAGCAAUCAAAUGUAGCACACAAAGAAGCAGAAUCGAAAAUUUAUUUGAACGAUAAAACGAUCACCCCGCAGACGACGCAUGCAUUUCGAGAGCGUAGCGCGCCCGAACAUAUGUUGCUUACUCCUGAGUUGGCUUCAGCAGAGGACGUGGCCGAUGGUGCCUUGCCGCCACCUGUGCAUGGUUUUCAGGCCAGGUUAAAGUCUGUUUUUGGAAAUUUGUCUAGUUGGAAGAGUAAUGAGUGCGUGCGCCGACGAUCUCGUUCAACACGCAGUACAAUCAACGCGACGACGACUGGAGAGGGAGCAUUGGGGGGUAACGGUGGCGCGGAAGGCAUUAGUGGGCUUAAAGGCCUCAGCGUUAGUGCCGACUUUGAACAGUUUUCGACGACGGCGGUAAACGGGGCUGGUAGUGGAAAUAGUGUAUUCGCUAGCGCUAAGGAUAUGGGAGUACGAAGACUGUCACAAAUGCGACGGCGACGCAGCUCUUAUUACUUUUCUGAGAAUGAACGAAGAAUUCGAGCCAACGACCGAGAAUUUAAUGCGCAAUUCAAAUACGCCGAUAACUUCAUUAAAACGUCCAAAUACACAUUGCUGACAUUUUUGCCAUUCAAUCUGCUCGAGCAAUUUCAACGUCUUGCCAAUUUUUAUUUCCUGUGCUUGUUGGUGCUACAGCUGAUACCAGCGAUAUCGUCGUUGACGCCCGUAACCACGGCUAUACCGUUAAUUGGCGUGUUGACAUUGACAGCGGUUAAAGAUGCCUAUGAUGACAUUCAACGCCACCUGUCGGAUUCUCAGGUGAAUAAUAGACGAUCGAAAACGUUAAGAAAUGGUCAAUUGAUCGAUGCAAAAUGGUCAGGAGUACAGGUUGGUGAUGUGAUACGUUUGGAGAAUAAUCAGUUUGUGGCAGCCGACAUCCUAUUGCUGACCACAUCCGAACCAAAUGGCUUGUGCUUCAUCGAAACCGCAGAGUUGGAUGGUGAAACAAAUUUGAAAUGUAAGCAAUGCCUGCCAGAGAUCACAGAGCUGGGCCAGCGGCACGACCUUUUGUGGAAUUUCAAUGGUGAAAUUAUUUGCGAACGACCAAAUAAUUUACUAAACAAGUUCGAGGGAACACUCAUAUGGCGCAAUCAAAGAUAUGCGCUCGAUAACGAGAAAAUCCUACUAAGAGGCUGUGUUUUACGCAAUACACAAUGGUGCUACGGAGUUGUUGUAUUUGCGGGCAAAGACACCAAACUUAUGCAGAAUUCGGGCAAAACUCAAUUCAAAAGCACCGGCGUUGAUAGACUGUUAAAUUUUAUUAUAAUUGGGAUCGUACUUUUUCUACUUUCCAUAUGUGCGUUUUUUACGUUGGCCUGUGCCAUUUGGGAAAGCUUUAUUGGACAACAUUUUCAGGUGUACUUACCUUGGGAAAAUAUCAUCCCGAAGAAUGUUGCGCAAGGCUCCACAGUUAUCGGCCUGUUGGUGUUCUUUUCCUAUGCAAUCGUCUUAAAUACUGUUGUGCCAAUAUCUCUCUACGUUUCAGUAGAGGUUAUACGUUUCGCCCAAUCAUUUCUAAUCAAUUGGGAUGAAGAAAUGUACUAUGAACGCUCGAAAACUCAUGCCAAAGCACGUACCACCACACUCAACGAGGAGUUGGGACAAAUUCAAUAUAUAUUUUCGGAUAAAACCGGCACACUAACACAAAAUAUAAUGACCUUCAACAAAUGCAGUAUUAACGGGCGUACCUAUGGCGAUGUAUUCGAUCUGCGUACGGGUGAAGUUAUCGAAGUCACAGAUAAGCAAAAAUAUGUACAGAAUAGCAACUUUAACUUGAGCGGCAGCAAUAGCGCCAAUAAAAGCACACCGGCACCAACUAUUUUAUUGCACACCGCUGAGGUUCAUCCGAAGAGCACAGUUAUGGUAUCUAGUCCUGAAGAAGGUGGCGCUACCGACGUCUCCAUAGCUUCAACGAAUUCGAUAACAACAAAAGACGUCACAUUGCCUAUGACAGCCGAUAUGACAAUGCAAACUGCAAUGGGUAGCCCAACACCUGAAUCAUCUCCUUCCCCUUCAGUCAGUAAACGUCAGCUUCAAUAUGAAGAAUCUCCCAUUGACAGCUCAAAGGCAACGGAAGCAACAGCGCAGCAUAUAACUUGGCGUCAACGCUCCGUAUCCCAGUCACCAAGCCGACGCAUGCGACGACAAGUGUCCACGCUAUCCAAUGCGAGCGAUAAAGCUCUCGAACCGGUGGACUUUUCGGCGAAUCCCGAAUUCGAACCCGAAUUCCGCUGGUAUGACAAGACGCUGCUGGAUGCAGUGCGCUCUGACGAGGAGCAUACACAAAAUUUCUUUCGCCUAUUGGCGCUGUGCCACACCGUGAUGCCCGAGUAUGUAGAGGGACGACUUGAGUAUCAGGCGCAAAGCCCUGACGAGGCUGCUCUAGUGUCAGCAGCCCGCAACUUUGGCUUCGUUUUUCGUUCACGAACGCCGAAUAGCAUAACGAUAGAGGUGAUGGGAAAUCGAGAGGAUUAUGUGCUUCUGAAUAUUCUAGACUUCAAUAAUGUGCGCAAACGUAUGUCGGUGAUAUUGAGACGAGGCGAUAACAUUAUAUUGUAUUGCAAGGGUGCUGAUAAUGUGAUUUACGAUAGGUUAAGUACUAGUCAAAAUGAUAUUAAGGCGCGUACUCAGGAUCAUUUGAAUAAAUUCGCUGGCGAAGGUUUAAGGACGCUGGUACUCGCCGAACGACGGCUGGAUGAAGACUACUAUAUGGAGUGGUUGGAACGACAGCAAAUAGCAGCAGUUUCGUUAGAUGCACGCGAAGAGAAAUUGAGUGCCAUGUAUGAGGAGAUCGAGAGUGAAUUGAUCCUCGUAGGUGUGACCGCCAUCGAAGACAAGUUACAGGAUGGUGUGCCACAGACGAUAGCCAACCUACAAAUGGCUGGCUUGAAAAUUUGGGUUCUGACUGGCGAUAAACAAGAAACUGCUAUAAAUAUUGGAUAUUCAUGUCAAUUAUUGACCGAUGAAUUGGCCGAUGUAUUCAUCGUGGAUGGUAGUUCGUUGGAAGAAGUCGACAAGCAGCUGCGCCAAUUCCGUGAAUCGGUGCGAAUCCUAAAUCGAUUUAGACCUACACAGCUAGAGCCGAACGUAAAUUUGAAUCUCAACUUAAAUGGCGCGAAUAGUGCCGACCGCAAUAGCACAUCUGUGAUGUAUGGAACUGGGUUUCGUACGCAGACCUCACCGCCGCCAGCGCCAGCGAUAUCGGUGGUUACCUUUAGGUGGGAUGAUGACAAAAUUAAGCAUAAUAAGGGCGAACCGGACAGUGCCGAAUGUAAUGAACUGUACGACAAUAUUGAGAAGGGGGGUGACGGUGCUACCACUUUACAUCCAGAUGAAAUAAUCGAAGAGAAUACCGGCUUCGCUAUUGUUAUCAAUGGGCAUUCGCUAGUUUACUGCCUCUCACCUGAAUUGGAGUCAAGAUUCUUGGACGUCGCCUCACAGUGCAAAGCAGUCAUAUGUUGUCGAGUUACUCCGCUCCAAAAGGCAUUAGUUGUGGAAUUAAUUAAGCGCGCAAAAAAUGCGGUUACUCUAGCAAUCGGUGAUGGUGCCAAUGAUGUCUCAAUGAUUAAAGCUGCCCACAUAGGUGUUGGCAUCUCUGGUCAGGAAGGUUUGCAAGCAGUACUGGCGAGCGAUUAUUCGAUAGCUCAGUUCCGCUACCUGGAACGCCUCCUGCUCGUGCAUGGCCGCUGGUCGUACUAUCGCAUGUGUAAAUUUUUGCGAUAUUUUUUCUAUAAGAAUUUUGCAUUUACCCUGUGCCACUGUUGGUAUUCAUUUUUUUGCGGUUUCAGCGCGCAGACGGUCUUCGACCCAAUGUUCAUAUCAGUAUACAAUCUAUUCUAUACCUCACUGCCAGUGCUAGCGUUGGGUGUAUUCGAGCAGGAUGUCUCCGACAAGCACAGCGUGGAGUACCCAAAAUUAUAUACGCCCGGACUGAAGAGUCAAUUGUUCAACACGCGCGAAUUUGUUUACAGUGUACUCCAUGGGGCCUUCAGUUCGCUAAUACUCUUCUUAAUACCAUACGGUACAUACAAGGACGGUGUUUCGCCAAAUGGGCUCAUACUUAGCGACCACAUGACUCUGGGCGCAGUUGUGGCCACCAUUCUCAUUAUCGACAAUACAGCACAGAUUGCUUUGUAUACUUCGUAUUGGACAAUAUUCAAUCACAUCACCAUCUGGGGUAGUUUGGUAUGCUUUUUCGUGUUGGAUUAUUUUUACAACUACGUCUUCGGUGGUCCCUAUGUCGGUUCACUCGCGAUGGCAAUGAAGGAUUUGACAUUCUGGACAACAAUGGUGAUAACGGUAAUUAUGAUAAUGGCACCGGUAUUAGCCUACAAAUUCUACCUAAUCGAUGUGCAUCCCAGUCUUGCUGAUAAGAUUCGUCUUAAGUGCCGCGUCAGCACACGUUCGCGCCAGAGCAACAUGGUAAUGCGCACACCAUCGGCAAGAAAGGCGCGGCGAUCAUUACGCUCCGGUUAUGCAUUUGCACAUCAGGAGGGCUUUGGUCGCCUCAUCACAUCGGGUAAGAUUAUGCGUAAAUUACCUCAAGAAUUCGCGUUUCCGUUGGGAUUGGGCAGCAAAAAGCUGCAGCCACAAACUACGGAUGGCAGCGAUGGAAAGAAUAACCAAAAUAAUAAUAACAGCACGCGGAGCAACAAAAAUUCGUCGACGGGCUAUCUGAACGAUAACGACCCUGAGAGCGCGACCGGAGGCAGAGGCAGCAACGGCGCACGGAGCGACGAAAACGUAAGCCCGCGUGCACCUUGCCAAGACUUAGAUACAAUUAAUCUUUAAGUUUAUAUGUAUGUAUGUGUAACGUAUAGAAAGUGAAACCAAAUGAUCGGCUAAGCGGAAUUACUUCAAUCGAACAGCCACCAAACAAAUAAACCAAAAAAGCAAAAUUUUAGUUGCGAAGGAUAGUAAGCAUAGAAAAAAAUAAUCAAUUAUGAAAGCAAAUUUUAUGUAAGAUCGUUAAGACCGAAGAGAGAAAGUUUUUAAAAUAUGUAGCAAUUAAUUUCUUUAAAAAUCUGCAAUCAAAGAGAAAAAAUGUGUUUAUAGUCAAAGGAUUAUAGUGUAGCAUUUAAUGCUUAAGUGAUUGUUGAAUUACUGUUAAUAGUUUUGAUAAAUACACAAGUGACAGCCGAUACAAAAUCAAGAAAUAUGUAUGUAUGUGACGCAGAGAUAAAGAAAAACUAAAAUAUAAGUGAAAGUAUAGCUUUAAACUUUAGUGAAUAGCCUUAACGCGAACUAAGUACUAUAUUUAUACAACAGUUAUAUAAUAUUAUACAUAUAUAUAUAAGUGCAUAUGUAUGUGUGUAUAAGCUAGUCUUUAGUUUCUUUUUUAGCUAAACCGGAAAAGGUUAAACACGAAUUUCGGUCUAUCCCUCAAAUAUGAAAAUAUUACGUAAAUUUCGGUUUUUUAAAAGGAAAAUUUCCCAAGUAUGUACCUAUAUAAGUAAAUACGUAUUUAUGCUCGUUCGAGUUAAGCUUUAAGUCGCAAAAACAUAUACAUAACCCGCUCCUCUAUGAAAGUGUUUGUUAUGUCUACAAAUCUCAAAAAUCAAGGGCGUUAUGAAAAAACAUGCAUACAUACAUAUGUAUGUAGAACGCUACUCCUGUCACAAAAACAUACAUUUUAGCAUUAGGAAAUGUGUGUAUGUAUGUAAAUGAAGAAAAUGCGUGCGAGCUAUAUGAUCAUGUGUACUAUAUACAUAUACAUAUAAGUAUGUGUAUGCGCUGGCGAAUCUGCGAAGGGUGCAAAGUUGCGAAGGACGAUUCGAGGAACUAUUUAUAAAAUUGCAUUUUCAUGGAACUGGUUUUCUGUUAUUUCCCAAAAAAUUGUAUAGAUAUCACACAGUGACCGGUCAUUAAUCUUAAGGACUCUUCUAUUCGCCACUUUCAGCUCGGCUAACUUGACGAAAAAUUUGCAUGUGAAAGCAACAACAAAGAUAUCGAGCAAGAUUCGCCGCUAGCGAGUAUGUUUAUACCUUAUAAAACUGGUAUAACUCACUAUUUUACAAACAAAUGUGGUAAAGAAAAAGAUUUAACAUAAAAAUAAAAAAUGGCAUUUGGUUUUUAAAUAAAGGGUUUUUCAAUUGGCGCGGGUCGAUUUUGGCGCCCUGUGGCAGCCAUUUUGUUUUGGUGGUCUGUCAAAUCUUUUGUUUAUUAUUCAGUUGUUUAAGCCAAAUCAUCACAGCAAGUUACACGAUUGAACAGCAGGUUCAAAUGAUAAAACUUUAUUAUCAAAUUGAGUGUUUAUUAACGCAAACGUUGCGCGCAUUGCGCCCAUUUUUCGGUAGACGUGGUGGCCCUUCCAAUUUCUUAUGGCCGAUAUUGAACCAUAUGGACCUAGACGACAUGUGGUUCCAGCAGGACGGCGCUACGUGCCACACAGCAAACGCCAUUUUAUUCCAUUUCAACAUCUACCCGCCCUUAUUGAAAAACCCUUAAUAUUUCAAUUGUACACCUAUAAAAAGGUAUGAUUCUAAAAUUUUAAAGUACAGGAUCUAUACUUGACAUAUGACAACUAGAAUAGUUCAGUGAAAGAACUAAUUUCCAUGAUGACACUUCAUGAUGAAUAUCAAAAACACACAAGGAACGCCGCAAACAAAAAAUCACCAUAUACAUAAAUAUGUACCUAAACUCAAAAAUUCACGAAUUUCGAUUUCCUUCAAUUAAAACUUCAUUUUUUAUAAUAAAAUUAAUUGGAUCAAUAACCGCAAACAAUAUCAAGAAUUUGGUUACGAUGCACAGUUUCCUGCAUUUUCAUAACAUUUUGAAGCAUUUCUGCAGUUAUGACGUCGAUUUCUUUACAAAUAUUGGCUUUCAAAGAGUCGUAUGUUUGAAGUUUUUUAGCGCACACCUUUCCCUUUAAGUAGCCUCACAGGAAAAGCACGAAAAAGUUCAGAGCGAGUGAGGAUUUCAGUCGAAAUUGCCAUUAAUGGAGGUGAGACGCCGGGGGAAUAUUGUCUUAUUGUUUGUUCCCUGCUGGAACCAAUAAUUCACCUACUGAUUUUCCUCGAUAAAUAGCUGCAAAUAUUCCGUGAUAUCGUUCAUCAUGACAGUUACGGUAAGGCAUUUGUCAUCCUCGAAAAAAAUGCCCGCUAAUAUUCAUAGCGCACACAUCACACCAAACAGUGACUAUAACAUCACAUAGAUGCUGUUCGUGCACAAUUCGAGGAUUUUCAUUGCCCCACAAUUGCCAGUUUCGUUUAUUUACCCCUCCGUUAAGAGCAAAAUUUUCACACGCCGAGGUAAGAUAUUCAUAUAAAUAUAAAAAUAAAAUAAAAUAAAUAAUUGGUGCGUACACUUCUGCUAGAUUGUUGGCCGAGCUGCUCCUCCUAUAUGAUGUUGAUAGUUAUUUUAAAAUAAAAUAAAUAUAACAUAAAACUUCUCGAUUUCUGCGCAUUCUGCAUCUACCUAUGUACCACUUCAUGUAUCGCUCAACUCAAUGGCUAAUCGAGCAACAACUUUCAAAGUUAUUCAAAGUUCUCAUGCGUCAAGUAUAGAUGGAACACCCCGCUCUUUAGCAAAAUGUACGAAGGCUCUAAAAACAUUACAAAAUUAAAUAAAAGCAUUAUUAUUAAUUUUUUAGUGGAGGUGUAUUUUAGUACGCCCAGAGAUGUUGUACUUUUUUUCCUAAUGUACGGAUGCACCCAGUGUCUCAUUUUUCUUGUAUUUCUCCUACCUUUGGAGAAUAUAAUACAAUAAAAUAAAUUCCUCUUCUCUCGCUCGACAUAUUGACAACUCGCUCUUUAACGAUAGGUAGGUGCACUGUGUACGGACAAGCAAGCGUAAUAAUGUGUUGCCAAUGCAGUGCCGAUGACGAAACGACUCGUCUGCGAAGGGCCUUACACUUCUACGCUUUGUAUUUCAAAGACUCCGAUCUGAGUAUCGUCGCCCUUCACGAAUACCUGGAUGCGCCAGUAGAUGCACAUUGAAUACAUAUGGACAUAUUCUAUUAGUUUGCGCGCGCGUAUGCCUAGACUGCUUGACUUUUUGAAAAUCAUGUGAUUUACAAUAUAAGUCCCACUAUUUAACAGCAACUAUUAUAUGUACAUAAAUAAUUACGGUUUCGUCCUGAUUCUAUACUACAUAAAAUUCCUUAAAAAGUCAAAUUCAUAAUGUCUGCAUUAGUAUGUAUGUUGCUGUAUUCAUAAACCCAUAUUCUAUAAGUAAAAUUUUUUUAUUUAUUUUUUAUUGGUGCAUAAUUUGUAUUGUUUUAUGUAGGUAUUUAGUUUAACUAUACAUACAUAUAUUUCUCAUAUGACUAACACUUAAUAUAUUACCGUAGUAUAAAACUAUACCAUUAGAGGUUUGCCAAAGAAUGGUUUACCUUGGUUUUAAGCUGAAAUUCCUUUCAUACACACGAUAGAGACUUAAAAGAAUGUUUUUAAACAUACAGCUGUGUAGCAGUAGCAAAAGUAGCAGUACCAAAGGAAUUUUGAUUUCAAGGUGUAAAUCUUUAUUUAAUGAUUUAAACAAUAGAAAUAAAAAGCUUUAUAAGUACUAAAAUAACUGUAAAAUUGCUUCAUAUUUAUUGAGGUUUUGAGAUUUAAAAAAAAUUUUAAGAAGUAUUUUUAAUUGGCAUUCAUUUUUAUUGUUAUUGUUCUUGGCAUGAAUACCACCAUGGAAAUACAUAAAUUAACUAUGUGAUAAAAUUUACAAUAUUGAAGAUUAUUUUAAAACUUCAAAAGUUUUAAACUCUGAAUAAUUAAUAUAACUACUCCGUUGUAAACAAACCAACAGAUCCAAACUUUUCUCAUUCGGUCUGGUAUAUAAGCCCAUUUUUCAAUAAAAUCCUCAAAACAUACAAGCAGUUUGCUGUUGUUGUAGCAGCAUAAACAUUCCCCAUACAUAUACGCAGAAUGCUGCUGAAGUGACAGUCUUUGGUCGGAUAUAGAUCCGAGUCGUUCCGGUUACGUAGAACUGACUGUCGUGGGUUUGUUUGUUUGUCGUGGGUACAGUUCGUUUUCCAUAGUUGUCAGAUGACACAAUUUUAAAAUCAUUAACAAAUACCUUGUGCAUAAAUUUGUAUUUCCAAAGUACUGCUAUUUUAGUGCUUAUAGCUUAAUAUUAGUAUUGAAACUCACGGUGCCUCAACUAGAUGUUUUAGGUGUUACCUUUGCCUUAAGAUAGUCAUCAGUAAAUGCAUAGCUUAGUCAUUGGUGUAAAAUGUUUGAAGCAAAAUAAACUGAGGUGUACUAAAAGUAUUCAAAUUAGCCGCGGUGUGUGGUUCUCUAGAUAUGUAUUGUGAUUAGCUACAACAUUUUUAUACAAAGCCAAAACAACUUAAGAGUAAUGUUAACGCUGGCCGGUUCGUUUUAUCGAACGGCAUAGUUCAGUGACAUCUGAUUCGUUUCCAACUAGCAAGUGUACUUACGUAAGGCAGUGCUUUAAGUAGGAGUAUAUCAUAGUUGCCUGUAAGCAACGCUAAAUAAAUGUUUUUUAAAUGGUAGUAUUUCAUAGAACUAAGUAGUACACAUUGUACUCUUUGCGGCGAUUACUGUAGUGACUCAUGCGCACCUCUAAUUUUAAUUUACUCUAUUUAAUAUUUGUAAGGCGCUUAUAGUUUAGUUUAUUAGUCUAGGCACUAAAAGCAAAACUUUAUGACGCUGGUCAUU